GGCAUCCAUGGCAGGCGACGCAACGCGCGGGGUAGAGCACAGGUGCGAGCAGCCACCAGCUCCCUUCGUCAAAGCCCUGACGUCCAUAUCGAAUAAAAUGCGGCCUCUGCUCUCCAACACACAACCCUCCCUCUCCCUCUCUCUCUCUCUCCUUGCCUUUGGAAGCAUCGACAGCUGCCUUGUUGCUUGAGCGCCGAUGACGAUCUUCACAAUGCGUUCUUUCUCUCUCUCUCUCUCUCUCGCUGCUUACAUAAAUAAAAUUGUUCUCAUCUGAGAGUGCCACUUUGAAGGCUCCUUCCGACCGGCGCGCCUCUCUCAGAUCUUCCUGCUCCGUCCUCUCUGUCCGAGGUAUAUUCUGUUUGCACCUCUGAAUAGAGGAUCUAUUUGGUGACAGUGGUGGAAGAUUUCGAGAAUGGCUUCACCAUCUCAUUCUCCAGUAACAUUUACUGGAAAUCUGGCUUCCAGAACUUCAGCUUCAGAUCAUUUGCUUGGCGCAAGUAAUGGUAUUGCCAAUGUGCCCUUGAAAGUCCUAGGGAGAGCACGAUUUGGUACCAGGAGGAGGGACUUUACAAUCUCUGCGAAAGUUAGGAAGGUGAAGAAGCAUGAGUACCCUUGGCCAGAUGAUGCAGACCCUAAUGUGAAGCGCGGUGUCCUCACUCAUCUCUCACAUUUCAAGCCUUUGAAAGAGAAGCAAAGGCCAGUCACUUUGGACUUUGAGAAACCUCUGAUGGCUCUACAGAAGAAGAUAAUCAAUGUGCAAAAGAUGGCAAACGAGACUGGUCUGGACUUCAAUGAUCAGAUUAUCUCACUAGAGAGCAAGUAUCAGCAGGCUUUAAAGGAUCUAUACACGCACUUGACUCCGAUACAGAGGGUGAAUAUUGCUAGGCAUCCAAACAGACCAACUUUUCUGGAUCACGUGAUCAGUAUUACUGAAAAGUUUGUGGAGCUUCAUGGAGAUCGAUCUGGUUAUGAUGAUCCUGCCAUUGUUACUGGUCUUGGAACCAUAAAUGGUAGAAGUUACAUGUUCAUGGGUCACCAGAAGGGCAGAAAUACCAAGGAGAACAUUCGACGCAAUUUUGGGAUGCCUACUCCACAUGGUUACCGCAAGGCACUGCGCAUGAUGUAUUAUGCAGAUCACCAUGGAUUCCCUAUUAUUACUUUCAUUGACACUCCAGGAGCAUUUGCAGACCUUAAAUCAGAGGAACUAGGCCAAGGUGAAGCCAUAGCUCACAACUUGAGGACUAUGUUUGGCUUGAAGGUACCAAUUGUUUCCAUUGUUAUUGGAGAAGGUGGUUCUGGUGGUGCUCUGGCCAUUGGUUGUGCUAAUAAAUUGUUAAUGCUCGAAAAUUCUGUUUUUUAUGUGGCAAGCCCAGAAGCGUGUGCAGCAAUCCUGUGGAAAAGUGCUAAAGCUUCUCCAAAGGCCGCUGAGAAGCUUAAGAUAACUGCAGGAGAGUUGACCAAGCUACAAAUUGCAGAUGGAGUUAUACCGGAGCCACUAGGUGGCGCUCAUGCUGACCCGUAUUGGACCUCACAGCAAAUAAGAACUGCAAUUGUUGAUGCAAUGGACGAGCUUGUGAAGAUGGACACACAAGAGUUGCUAAAGCACCGCAUGUUAAAGUUCCGAAAACUUGGUGGGUUCCAAGAAGGAAUUUCAAUAGAUCCAGCAAAGAAAAUCAGCAUGAAAAAGAAAGAAGAAUCCAUUCUUCAACCCCGAAGGACUUCGAACCUGGAGUUGGAGGGUGCGGUUGAAAAACUUAAGCAGCAAAUUCUGGAAGCCAAGGAGUCAUCUACUGAGCCUCCAGUGUUGGGUCUGAAUGAAAUGAUACAGAAACUGAAACUAGAAGUUGAACACGAAUACACUGAGGCGGUUAAUGCGGUGGGCUUGAAGGACAGGCUUAUAUUGCUUCGAGAAGAAUUUAUGAAAGCAAGGAAUUCAAAGGACCAGCCAAUGAGCCCGUCUCUGAAUGACAAAAUGGAGAAGUUCAAAGACGAGCUUAAUCGAAGUUUGUCGGCAGCUCCUAACUAUGCAAGCCUCAACUACAAGCUUCACAUGUUGAACGAAAUCUCUAAAGCCAAGAUCCUGUCCGAAAAGAACAACAAAAUGGGCUCAUUAAGACAGGCAAUUAACAAGAGAUUCAGAGAGAUCCUGGACCAGACCAAUAUGAAGGAAAAGAUUGAGUCAUUGACAAAGGAAAUUGAAGAUUCUGGGGUGCCCAGUUUUGCAGAGUUAGACCAGAGCCUGAAAGAGAAAAUCCUGCAGGUAAAGGAAGAGAUAGAGACAGACCUCUCUGAUGUUCUUGAAUCUCUAGGCCUGCACCCCGAGCCGGCUUCCUUCUCGAGCCUCAAGCUCAAGACAGAGGAACUUAACAAAGAAAUCAACCAUGUAAUUGAAGAUGUUAUCAGUUCAUCAGAUUUGAAGAACAAGAUAGAGCUGUUGAAGAUGGAGGCAGAGAGGGCAGGGAAGACGCCUGACCCGGAAACAAGAAGUAAGAUUCUGGCUCUGGAACAACAAAUAAAGCACAGCAUUGCUGCGGCCGUGGAUUCGUCGGUAUUGAAAGGGAAAUACGAGGAGCUGAAGGCACAGAUCUCUGAAGCCAUUGAUACAUCUGAGGUCAAAAGUUAGGCUAAUUUAGAAGUGAAAGUAGCUUUGCUUGCUGUAAGUUCUUUCAUUCUUUUGCUAGUUUUCGUCCUUGGUGUUACAACUAACAUUUUGAUGACUUCCAAAGGCGCUUUCCUUAAUCUACUUUGGUGGGUAUACACA